GUACUUGUGAUAGCGAUAACAGGUGAUAAUACUGAUAAUACACGGCAGACAUUUUGAAUUGCAGUGCUUCAUAUACUACGGGGCAAAGUUGAUGUGUUAUAGAAGUAUUUACAUAUAAAAGAAACUAGUGUUUAAUGUUUUAAUUCUUAAGGAGAGUGGGGAAAGAAGGAAACAUGGGUGUGCGCGUGCUAGCGUGUGUCAUUUUAGGAUGUCUAGCACUUGCAGUGAACUGUGAUGAAGCGACAAACUCCACUGCAGCAGCUACUACUACUACGGUUACUACAUCAAAACCAAUCCCUUACCAGGAUUCUAAUAUCUGCAAAUUGUGCAAAUGUGAGGACACUAAAGUAGAUUGCUUUGACCAGGGCAUCACGACUUUCUUCACGAUAAAAGAAUGGGAAGACAUAAUCGACCUCAAGCCAUCGACGGUGGAUUUAAGCGAGAAUCGAUUCACAAACAUCACAGUGAUCGCCGAUUUGACAAUAGAAGUAUUGAAUCUAUCCCGUUGCAACAUUGAAUACAUUGAGAAUGCUAGCUUCAGGGAUCUGCAAGAAAUGAGGGUGCUUGAUCUAAGCCAUAACAAGCUGACCUCAGACAAACUGAGCCCACACGCUUUUGAGGGUCGUUACGCUCCUGAAGAAUUUGAGCCCCUAGCAUCGAUGAGAGUACUGAAUUUGGCGUACAAUGACCUGCAUUCAUUGAACCAGGACUUAUUCGAGCACAUGCCAGAAUUAGAAGAACUGGACCUAAGUGGAAAUCCCUUGACAACCAUAGACCAUGUCACAUUGGUUGCUAUUGCCAGUUUGCCGAUGCUAAAGGUUUUAAGAAUGCGCUCUUGCGAACUAGACGAGAUCCCGAGCAAGUUUCUGCAUACUCCACGCUAUUUGGAGAACCUGGACCUCAGUGACAACAAGUUGACGGCUGUCCCGCAAGAAUUAGAAGAGGCUAAAGACUUGGUUUACUUGAACAUAAACCAGAAUCCAAUUGUCGCAAUAGACGUCAACUCUGACGAGUAUCCAGCCUUCCCUCGUCUGCGCAAACUGAAGGAGCUACACAUGUGCAACAUGCCCAAACUGAGGACCAUUGGCCCAAUGGCUCUGGCGGGACUCGAGAGCGUUGAGAAGCUACACAUCAGCUUCAAUCCAUCGUUGAGCUACUUGGACCCCAAGGCGUUGGCUAGACCUGAUGAUAUUGGAGAAACUUUCGACUGGCCUUUGGUUAAAGAGCUUUAUUUGAAAUCUAACAACUUAACCGAGGUGGACACUCGUCUCCUCUCUCGUUGGGAUCUCCUGGAGAAGGUGGAUGUGUCUGAUAAUCCAUUCCUCUGCGACUGUUCUACCCAGUGGAUGGUUGAUGUACUGGCUCCCAUCGUGGACAGCAAGGGAGCUAAUGCUACGCUGAUGGUAUGCCAGGAACCGAUAGAGAUGCGAGGUCACACCAUGAAAGACCUCCAUGACUCCCACAGGACCAUGCGUUGUGUCGACAAAUACGGACACAGGCCCGAGAAAGAUGGAGCCAUCCUGCUUGGCACUCUUAUUGGAGUGCUCCUAGCAGUUCCAAUCAUGUUGAGUCUGAUGCUGCUCUGGCGUCGUGGCUACUUCGCCUGGCUCGGCCUUCGCCCCCCAGCAGACGUCUCCAGGGCUUUCUACAAGAGAGCACCCGCCGAUGACAUCCUCUACUAAGUCCUUGGCUCUUACACUAUCACCCUUAUGGGUGAUAGUCGGAGAGCCAACUUCAAUUGUGUGUUACCAUCUUUUUUUUUUUAAAUUAGGUUUUUAGAUUUUAUAUUGUAAGUUGAUAAGUUAAUAAUAAAGUAAUUUUAUAAGUA